AUGUCUGCAAGAUUCAACAGAACUCUGGACCCUCCUGCUGCAGACCAACAUCAGGACUAUGGACCCUCCUGCUGCAGACCAACAUCAGGACUCUGGACCCUCCUGCUGCAGACCAACAGCAGGACUCUGGACCCUCCUGCUGCAGACCAACAUCAGGACUAUGGACCCUCCUGCUGCAGACCAACAUCAGGACUCUGGACCCUCCUGCUGCAGACCGACAGCAGGACUCUGGACCCUCCUGCUGCAGACCGACAGCAGGACUCUGGACCCUCCUGCUGCAGACCAACAUCAGGACUCUGGACCCUCCUGCUGCAGACCGACAGCAGGACUCUGGACCCUCCUGCUGCAGACCGACAGCAGGACUAUGGACCCUCCUGCUGCAGACCGACAGCAGGACUCUGGACCCUCCUGCUGCAGACCAACAUCAGGACUAUGGACCCUCCUGCUGCAGACCGACAGCAGGACUCGUGA